AUGACUACCACCGGCGUUUGGAAUUUCGGGGCGGGCCCUGCGACAAUGCCAAAAUCUGUAUUGAAAAAGGCGCAAACAGAUCUUUUGAAUUAUAAAAACACCGGAAUGUCGGUUAUGGAAAUUUCACACCGUUCGAAAGAAUAUGAAAAACUCAAUAAUGAAGCACAGAAGAAUUUACGCGAUUUACUCGAGAUUCCUGAAAACUAUAAAAUUUUAUUUAUGCAAGGCGGUGGACAUACUCAAUUUUCGGCUGUAGUUCUUAAUCUGCUAGUGGUCAAAAGGCGACAGUUCGAAGACAGCACAGAGGGAGGAAAAGAGGAAUUUAACCCACCACUGGAUUAUUUGGUUACCGGUUCUUGGUCACAGAAAGCGGUGGAGGAGGCGAAAAAGCUGUACAACAAUGUUAACGUGGCCUUGGACGUAAAAAAAUUGAGAGGUUCGUACGGUUCAAUUCCACCUCAAGAAGAAUGGAAACUUAGUGGUCCAAGCGCUGCUUAUGUGUAUUAUUGUGACAAUGAAACGGUUAACGGUGUAGAAUUUAACCACGUACCGGAUAUCGAUCCUUCCGUGCCGCUAGUUUGUGAUAUGUCUUCGAAUCUACUUUCACGUAAAGUGAACAUUUCAAAAUUUGGUAUGAUCUACGCAGGAGCACAGAAAAACAUUGGACCUGCGGGCGUUACAGUUGUGAUAGUUCGAGAAGACUUAUUGGCUACGCCUAAACCCUCUGUGGAUGUUCCAGCCGUUCCAUCAAUGUUAAGUUAUAAAGUUUUGGCUGAUCACAAUUCUCUGUAUAACACGCCCCCCGUGUUUGCUAUCUAUAUGUCAGAUUUGGUGUUUGAAUGGUUAUUAGAAAAUGGUGGAAUCGAAGCGAUCGAAAAAGUCAAUUUUAUUAAGGCCUCGAGGUUGUACGAUUGCAUCAAAAAUUCGAAGAUAUAUAGGUCACCCAUCGAAGAGAGUGUUAGAUCAAGGAUGAAUGUACCAUUUAGAAUAGAACCCGAAGAAUUAGAAAAGGAAUUUCUGAAAGGAGCUGAGGAGUUGGGUAUGGUACAAUUAAAAGGACAUCGAAGUGUUGGUGGAAUCAGAGCUAGUAUUUACAAUGCGAUGCCUUUGGAAGGCGUUGACACUCUGAUCAAAUAUAUGCAAGAAUUUGAGAAGAAACACUCUUAA